AAACAUGUCUGGAUAUUAUCCCCGUGAGUUGCGAAUGCCCUCAGCCAAGUGCCUACCUAAGGUACCUAGCUCUGAAGCUGACCUCUCCUCCCAGCCCCGCCCGGUGGUGCCGGAUCUGGAGCGAAGAACAACUACCCGCCUCCGCCCAUGUCCGCUCCCCCAACGCAGACCAAGUUCUCGUACCCUGCUCCUCCCAGCGGACAGGGCAACAAGAACUAUCCUCCUCCGCCUCAGGGGCUGUCCGGCACUCCGCCACCCAAGGGGUCGUCGCCUUCAUAUCCUCUGCCCCCGCAGCAGCAGCAGCAGUAUCCCGGGCCGCCUCAGGCAAACGCCCUGCCCAUGCACUUGCGGAACCCGUCGGCAGCACCUCAAGACCCCCAGCAGUUCUCCCCGCCGCCUACAUACCCCCAAGAUGAAGAAGACGGCGGCUACCCACAAGAGAAGCAGCAGGGAGGCGCGCCUGAUGCAUCAGCUCCCGCGAGUCUCCUGGCCGGCGCCCCAGCCGCAGGCCAUUUCGCUGGUGCAACGGCGGUUGUAGACGACGUCGGAACCUUCAACGGGGGCAGCUAUCGAAUCAGCCAUCGAGACUGCAACACCAUUCUGACCAUCCAGCUGGCCAUUGGCUGCCCGCUGGAUGCCAAGCCCGGGGCCAUGAUUGCCAUGUCUCCGUCGAUCGUCCUCAAGGGCGCCUUCAAGUUCAGCAUGAAGAAGCUGGUGGCUGGCGGCGAGAUGGCGCAGUCGCACUACACGGGCCCUGGCGAGCUGCUGCUGGCGCCUCCCAUGCUCGGCGAUAUCACGAGUCUCCGCCUCACCGGCCAGGAGACGUGGUCGGUCAGCCACGACGGCUAUCUCGCCUCCACCCAGAACGUCACCAAGGACUAUAAACGCCAGGGAAUCGGCAAGGCCAUGUUCAGCGGCGAAGGCCUCUAUGUUUACAAGAUUGGCGGCGUCGGUCUCUUGUGGCUGACUAGUUUCGGUGCCAUCAUCCGCAAGGACCUGGCCGAAGGCGAAAAGUACAUUGUCGACAACGGACACCUCGUGGCCUGGAACGUAAAGUACAUCCUGGAGCGCGUCGCUUCGGGCGGCUUCAUAUCCGGCUUCGCGUCGGGCGAGGGCCUGGUGUGCAAGUUCACGGGGCCGGGGACCGUCUUCAUCCAGACGAGAAACGCGAAAGCAUUCAGCGGCUACAUGGCCGGACAGGCCAUGGUCAUGUAAAGACGGGCGAUGUCGAGAGUCGAGCCACGGGCUUGGACGUGGGCAACGAUGCGGGAAACGACGUGGGCAACGAUGAAAAUUGGAACAGAAGUCUAUUUCGGCGCUGCUUCUGCUUCGGCUUCUGCUCGAGCUCUUUCUCUACUUUCUUCUUUCUCACCCGGCGUCCGGACUUUUGGGGGCGGGUUGGGCGGCUUGGGCGUUGUUCCUAUUUACCUUCGAUCCUUUCUCUGUCCAGCCCUUCUCCGGUGGAAUCGAAGCCUAUUUACAAAAGACGCGACGUUAUGUUGGACACCCGUAUGCUAGGAUAGGUAUUGCGUAGCGAAUUGAGUUGAAUUUCAUCCCG